AUAGGUUAUUCAACGCACCUCUCUCUCUCUUCUCUCUCUCUGUCUCUCUCUUGUCAGCAGUGGCUUUAUAUUUUGCUAUCCUGAGACUAACUCGAAAGUACAGUCGUAUUCGCUACACGUAUCUUUCGUUCUUGUUCUUGUGAUAAACAGAAAGGGAGAGAGGGGCCUUUUUGAUUCUUUAGUUUUCUGCUGGGUAGCGGGUGUUUCUGAGAAAGCUAUGGCUCUAAACAUGCUGUCUCCGACUGAAAUCAAGACCCUUUCUUUCUUGGAUUCAUCCAAGUCGAAUUACAGCCUUAAUCAUCUCAAAUUCCAAGGUGGAUUUGCUCUCAAGAAGAAGGAAAAUGGGUGUACUGCUGCUAACAGAGUUCUUUGCUUGGCACAGCCACCUCCUCCGGCUUGGCCUGGUCGGGCUGUCCCUGAACCGGGCCGUAAAAGUUGGGACGGCCCGAAGCCUAUUUCAAUUGUUGGAUCAACUGGAUCUAUUGGAACUCAGACAUUAGACAUAGUUGCCGAGAAUCCAGAUAAGUUUAAAGUUGUCGCUCUUGCAGCAGGUUCCAAUGUUACUCUUCUUGCUGAUCAGAUUAAGACAUUCAAACCGCAAUUAGUUUCCGUCCGAGACGAGUCAUUAGUUGGUGAGUUGAAGGAGGCUCUGGCUGAUGUGGAAGACAAGCCUGAGAUCAUUCCUGGAGAGCAGGGAAUCAUCGAGGUUGCCCGCCAUCCAGAUGCUGUUACCGUGGUCACAGGAAUUGUUGGCUGUGCAGGUUUAAAGCCUACAGUGGCCGCCAUAGAAGCUGGAAAAGACAUCGCUUUGGCCAAUAAAGAGACACUAAUUGCCGGAGGCCCUUUUGUCCUCCCUCUCGCUCACAAGCACAACGUCAAGAUUCUUCCUGCAGAUUCUGAACAUUCUGCCAUAUUUCAGUGUAUACAAGGCUUGCCGGAAGGUGCUCUCAGGCGCAUAAUUUUGACUGCAUCAGGCGGUGCUUUCAGGGAUUUGCCAGUCGAUAAGUUAAAAGAUGUUAAAGUAGCAGAUGCUUUAAAACAUCCCAACUGGAAUAUGGGAAAAAAGAUUACGGUGGACUCUGCCACGCUCUUUAACAAGGGAUUAGAAGUUAUAGAAGCUCACUACCUGUUUGGAGCUGAAUACGAUGACAUCGAGAUCGUUAUUCAUCCUCAAUCCAUCAUACAUUCAAUGAUUGAGACUCAGGAUUCGUCUGUGCUGGCACAACUGGGGUGGCCCGAUAUGCGUUUGCCUAUUCUAUACACCUUAUCAUGGCCCGAUAGAAUUUACUGCUCUGAGAUUACUUGGCCUCGCCUCAAUUUUUGCAAGGUCGGCUCUCUUACAUUCAAGAUCCCCGACAACGUGAAGUACCCAUCAAUGGAUCUAGCUUACGCUGCUGGACGAGCAGGAGGAACCAUGACUGGGGUUCUUAGUGCAGCCAAUGAGAAGGCCGUGGAAAUGUUCAUCAAUGAACAAAUCGGUUAUCUUGACAUAUUCAGAGUAGUGGAGCUAACGUGCGAUAAGCACCGAGCAGAGCUGGUGGCAUCCCCUUCGCUUGAGGAAAUCAUCCACUACGACUUGUGGGCACGUGACUAUGCUGCCAAUCUGCAGCCGUCGGCCGGUUUGAGUCCUGCACUUGUAUGACCAGGGGGCACGAGAGAUAUGUAGAGGCUGGGGAUUGGGGGUUGCUGGGAAAGAAGCCAUUGUAGCAUAGAAGAAAGGGAAUGUGGGAGCAUUUGCGAUGGUCUACCAUCAAAAAAUAGAUGGUGAAAUCACAUUGUUUUUAUGUUGCCAAUGGGCAUGCAUGCAGGUGUAGGUCUAAGAAUAGGAGAGGAUUGUAAUUAAGGGAAGAACAGCAAGGCUACAAAUCUUGAAAAUGAAAUCAUCACAAUGUUUUUCCCAUGUUACAAUAUGUAUGAAAAAUAAAAUAAAAUUGAUCUCUUUCUUCUGUCAA